GCGUCCUGAUAAGAAGAGUUCACAAGAUUCUGCAGCACUAACCAUGCUUUAUGAGCUUGAGAAACUGGGCAGGUGCCAGAUUGAGGUGCAACAACCGGCCGAAAGAAUUUCAUGAACAUUUUUGAGGGAGAACUUUUCCUACUUUAAUCUGCUUCUUGUAAUGUCGACUGCAAUCAACUCUUUAUUUUUUCUGCAGGAUGCCUAGGCAAGUAGUCUGCCUCAUCUUUGUUGAAAGAAAUAUUACUGCUAAAGUUUUGGAAAGAUUUAUUAAGAAAGUUUGUUUUUUAUCACAUUUCACUGUGUCAUACUUGGCUGGAGGGUCUUCUUCAGUUGACGCACUAACCCCAAAAACGCAAAAGGAUAUUCUGGACUCCUUUCGUUCAGGGAAGGCAAAUUUACUAUUUACCACUGAUGUCGCUGAAGAGGGUACCGAUGUGCCAGAUUGUUCAUGUGUAAUCAGUUUUGAUUUGCCGAAAACAGCUCGUAGUUACAUUCAGUCUCAUGGCCGAGCUCGACAAGCUGGUAAUUUUGUACCGAAAAGAUCUAAUGGUAAGAAUGUGUCUCUAAAUCAUGUUCACAUGCCUCCAGAGCUUCUAGUUGAUAUUGAUGUACCAUACGAAGUCUUGAAAUCUUUUUACUUGCUACCUUCUUUGAUGUACCGAGUGGAAUCCUUGAUGUUAGCCUGCCAACUAAGGAAGGAAAUUUCUUUCUGUUCUAGCAAUCCUAUACCAAGCUUCCUGAUUUUGGAAGCAAUUACUACGCUGAGAUGUUGUGAAGACUUCUCCAUGGAGCGGUUGGAACUAUUAGGGGACUCCGUUUUAAAAUAUGCAGUGAGUUGUUCUCUCUUUCUAAAAUUUCCUGGGAAACACGAAGGGAAAUUGUCCUCCGACCGGAUAAAAAUAAUUCGUAAUGCCACUCUUCAUAGCUUGGGAACUAAACAUGGCAUACAGGGUUACAUACGUGAUGCUGCAUUUGAACCUCGUAGAUGGGUUGCUCCUGGACAUAUUUCAAUACACCGUGUUCCUUGUAAAUGUGGAUUAAAUGACAAUGAAGUGCCAAAUAUAAUUUUGGAUACAAUUAGUGACAAGUCUAUUGUGAUAGGAAAGGCAUGUGAUAGAGGACACAGGUGGCUCUGCUCAAAAACAAUAUCAGAUUGUGUCGAGGCUCUGAUAGGUGCAUAUUAUGUUGGUGGUGGGCUACCUGCUGCUCUUGCAUUUAUAAAGUGGCUAGGAAUUGAUACCGAGUUUGAGCCUGAUAUGGUUGAGGAGGCUAUAAGAACUGCAUCAGGUUGGACAUACCUUCCCAAAAUUCAUGAAAUAGAAACACUGGAAUCAAAAAUUGGCUACAAGUUUACUGUCAAAGGUCUUCUUCUGGAAUCUAUUACCCAUGCAUCUCAGCAAGAAUUAGGAGUCUUCUUCUGCUAUCAGCGUCUUGAAUUCUUGGGUGACUCAGUUUUGGACCUGCUCAUUACGUGGCAUCUCUUUCAGCGCCAUAAAGAUAUUGACCCUGGGGAAUUAACUGAUUUAAGAUCUGCAUCAGUAAAUAAUGAAAAUUUUGCUCAAGUAGCUGUCAGGCAUAAGCUUCAGCAGCACCUCCAACAUAAUUCUGGAUUACUUUUAGAGCAAAUAACAGAGUUUGUCAAGAGACUUGAGGAUUCAGAUGAAAACAAGUAUAUGCUUUUGUCAAAUGGUUCAUCUAAAGUACCUAAGGUCCUUGGAGACAUGGUUGAAAGUAUUGCCGGUGCCAUAUUGAUAGAUACAAAGCUUGAUUUAGAUAAAGUAUGGGAAAUUUUUGAGCCAUUACUCUCCCCAAUUGCCACUCCAGAGAACCUUGAGUUGCCACCUCUACGUGAACUUACUGAAUUAUGUAGCCACCAUGGUUACUUCUUGAAUACAACAUGCACAAAUGAGGGGGACAUGAAUGUUGCUGUUCUUGAGGUACAACUGGAGGAUGUUCUGUUGGUAAGGGAAGGUCGUGAGAAGAAUAAAAAAGCUGCAAAAGGGCAAGCAGCAUAUUUGCUGUUGAAGGACUUGGAAGAAAAAGGAUUUUUGCACUCCCGGCAUGCCUCCAAAGGGACACAAGCUGAAGAAAAGAUUGCAAGCCACAAAGAAUCUGUUGAAAAAUCUGGUAGUUUAAUGUUGGAUAUUGAGAUUCCUACGCCAGCAAAGCACGGUGAAGUAGUCAAUUCCAAGAAUGUUUCUGUUCCCAGCCCAGGUAAACCAGUGGCUUUGACAGUCAAAAUGCAAAAAGGUGGGCCUCGAACUGCACUGUAUGAACUCUGCAAAAGAUGUCAAUGGCCAAUGCCUAGCUUUGAAACAUUAGAGUGGAAGCCAAGUGGCGACCAGAUGAAUGAAUGUACCGAAGGGGGAGACGCCAACCGUCACAUGUUUGUAUCAGGCAUAACGCUGCAUAUACCAAAUUCCACCAUCAUCAAACGCAAGGGGGACCGGCGUCCUGAUAAGAAGAGUUCACAAGAUUCUGCAGCACUAACCAUGCUUUAUGAGCUUGAGAAACAGGGCAGGUGCCAGAUUGAGGUGCAACAACCGGCCGAAAGAAUUCCAUGAACAUUUUUGGUGCGAGUUGUGUGUGCGUUUUAUUUGUGUGUGUAUAUAUAUAUAUAUAAUAACUUUUAUAGUCAUAUAGGGAGUAGACUUUACCAUUAAAAACUGUGUAUUUUGCCCCGAGUUGACAUGCAGAGGCAUGAUAGAAAGAGUAUACUUCCCCGAUGCGAUGUUUAAUGGUGAGGCUUCGUAUAGCAUCUAAUCCUUGGUUGGUGGAUCAUGUAAUCCUAUGGUGUUGUCUUGUACACACGCACACACAUAUAUAUUAUUCUUUGCAUUCAAAUAUUAUAUUGCAUUAGAUGAUUAUGAUGGAUUCA